AGUCAUUCUUCUAAGGACCAGCUGGAAUGGAAAUAGCUCCAGGUCAGGGAAAGCCUGACAAGGGCUGGCCUUGAGUUGCGGGCUGGGCCCUCCUUCCCAUCUCUCCGCCUCCUGCAGCCUGUCAUAAUUGCGGACGAAGGAGAGAAGGUCAGAGAAAGCCUAUUUGGAGAGAGAGAAAACUGAAGACCUUCCUUUUUCAACAAGCCUUUGAAGUUAAAUCCGCUCGUUGCAAUACCGGCAAAAAUGCGAUUUGCUGUUUAAAAUCGGGAAUCAUCCGCUGUGCCUUCAGGAGUUAGGAUGCAAUACCGCAGACUUUACAGCUGAUGGGCAGUUCUUGGGCAUUUCCCCUUGCCCCUUCUCGUCAUUCCAGCCAAUCACGUAUCUGCACUUUUGCGCAUGUGCGAGAAUAAGCCCGGGGAAAUUGAACCAAUCAUCGCAAUGGUGGGGUGUUGGGGGUGUGUCUGCAACUACUGCACAGAUGCAUUUUAUUUUUUGCCAGCCUGCAAACUGGGCGGCCGCUCUGGGUGAGAUCUGCAGUGCACGGCAAGCGAGAAAGGAGGGGGGGGAGGUCGGUUUCAGCCUGCCUCCGAAAGCUUUGUCAAUUUCAUUCUGCUUGCUGGGGUUUUGCUUCAAAUCAGAAAAGCAUUCAUUAGUUUAAGUGUAAUAUCACAAAUCCAAGAGAAAAGGCUUCUGGUCCGUUUCAAGCCUGCUGGGAAAGCUUUGUCAAUUUCAUUCUCAGUGGGAAGGAAAGGGAGAAGGAGGGGUGUGUGACACAUUUCUUGCUUUUGUGGAGAAAUAAGUGCAUUGCCAGCGUGUGUAUCUCCUUAAAUAUCAAUAAAGGCAGAAAAGCAUACCUUCGUUUAAGUGUAAUAUCGCAAAUGCAAACAAGAAAAGGGCUUCUGGUGGUUUCAAGCUUGCUCCGAAAGCUUUGUCAAUUUCAUUCUCCUGGGAAGGCAGGCGUGAAACCGACCAGCAGCCUUUCCUUCCCAGGCAACACCUCCUUUACAGCCGUAUUGUGCUUCGUUGCAAAGGGGGAGAGGAGCAUAUGUAAUUUUUUUGCUGACCAAUUGGUUGAUAGGGGGAGGUUUUAGAGGCGGAGCUUAGAAAAAGCGAAAAGAAUGUAGGAGUCUUACCGCUGUGUGUGCGUGUGCAAAAAACCUUUUUUUUUAAUUGGGAAAGAGCGAACUAAAAGGCGAAGUGAGGACUAUCAGAUGACAAACCAAAUAUGGAAACCGUGGAUUAUCCCGCUCCGUUUGGAUAAGCCCUAUAUCUGCAGAACAGCUUUAAACCUAUCAGAAAUGUGCUUGGCGAAAGCGAUGGUUUGUGUUGCGCCAAGGCCGAAUGAGUGGAAACCCUGAUGUCCUGGAGUACUACAGAAACAGCCACUCCAAGAAGCCCAUACGGGCGAUAGACCUUAACGAAUGCGAGGUAGUAAAGCACUCGGGGUCAAGCUUCAUCAAGAAGGAAUUCCAGAAGAACUUUGUCUUCAUUGUGAAAACGACUUACCGCAGCUUCUACCUGGUGGCCAAAUCGGAGGAGGAAAUGCAGGCAUGGGUACAUCACAUCACCCAGAUCUGCAACUUUGGACAUUUGGAAGACGGAACAGAUUCAGGAGACAGCCUCUCUCACACGACCGCCUCCCCGCAACCUUCGCCAGCCGCGUCUGCCCAUGCCUUGAGGAUUGGAGACCCCUCUUUUUUGGCUGAUCAGGCCGCUGCGGACACUUCUGCCGCUGAGGAGACGGCAAGCGAGUCAGAGUCUGUCUUCCUUCCUGAUUAUCUCUUCUUGUCGAACUGUGAGACCGGGAAGCUCAGUCAUGUCAGGUGCCACAGCUGGUCCAAUUCCGACCGAUCCCUGGAGCACACAUCAUCAGACGAUGUCUUUGUUGACUUUGUGGCGUCUCAGCCCUCACUUUAUCUACAGCCUUCCGGCGGCCUUUUGCAAGAGAUGCCCCAGCCAACAAGUUACGGGGUUCUUCUCAGGAACACGGACUCGAGCGGGCCCCCUUCCAGCGAUUUCUCCUCUUCCUCUCCGCUGUCAGGACCCCCCUUAACACCAACCUUCGCAGUUGAUAAAAGCCCAAGCGCUCUUUCCUAUGGGGUUACUGAACACAACGUUCUGGCCAAUACACCACCCCCAAGGCCUCCUAAGCCCACCCACUUCUCAGACAAACGGACCGAAGAGCUGUCCAGUGGGGCCCUUCUGAAUGGACAUGUUGGGAUCUCCUGUGCUCAAGGUGCCUUGGUGCCAAGGAGAAUCUCCUUGUCUAGCUUGGACAGCAUGAGGAGUUGGAGAGCUGACAUGGAAGGAAAUUCCUUAAGGCGCAGGGAUAAGAGGCUUAGCUUGAAUUUGCCGUGCCGCUUUAGCCCGCUGUACUCUUGCACAUCGAACAGCUCCGAGGACAGUUACGUGCCAAUGCAUCCCAGCGCCUCCCCGCCCAUCCCGGGAUCCGACUGCAUGCCCGACGGCUACAUUCCCAUGAGUCCAGGCUCCGCUACCUUCACUCUUCCUGCUGUCAGCACUGAAAAGCUCUCCAGCCCACUGCCCGAGCUCCCCACAGACCUGGAACCACCUCCGGUGUACCGGGACCUUAAGCCUCGUCGGAAAUUCCGACCGCCUCCCCUGGACCUGCGAAACCUUUCCACCAUCCGAGAACAUGCUGCCUUAACCAGGACGUGGACCGUGCCUUACAAUCGAACAAGUUUUAUCUCUCCAGAAAGAGACUGCAUUAAUUCAGCGAGAGUUUUUCCCAGUUCAGUUUCCGGAGAGGAAGAAGACAGUUACAUUCAAAUGAAGCAAGCAACCUCUCCAUGCAAUGGAGCAUUCCAGUGGCCAAAGAACUUUAGCCUUGAUUACUUGGCACUGGAUUUUAAUUCUGCUUCUCCAUCUCCUGUCCAAAAGAAACCGUUCCUCUCUGAAGAACAAAGAGUGGAUUAUGUCCAGGUAGAUGAGCAGAGAACUCAGGCUCUCCAGAACACUAAACAGGAAUGGACAGAUGAAAGGCAAUCCAAAGUUUGAAGAGGUUCCUUGGCUGGCUUGAAUUUGCACAUAAAAAUCCAGGUUGUUUGAAUGAUCCGUGGUGAGAAGCUGAAAGCCUCAGGCAGCGUUGAACAUUCUGGAGGAAGCAGCGCCUUUUCAGUGUGGAAUGUGCGUGUCCAAGCAGGAGGAUUGAGUAGUCGUGUAUCCAAAUUACACAGUCACUCUCAUGUUCUUGGUUGCCCCUUCUGAUAAGGAUCUAUGGUACCAUUUUAGGAUCCAAACUUGUUCCUCUCCAACACUUAGCGGGAGAUAAAAUCCUUGCUAGGUCACAUUAAACAAACACUGCAAUUACUUAUUACUGUUCCCCCCCCCCCCAAUGUAUGUAUAUAUUCCUACCUAUUUAACAGAUGCUGUAUCUGACAGGUAUUUGGGAAUAAGGGCUAAAUAUUGAAAACAAUAUUUUUUAAAAAACAAAUUGGGGAGGAGUGGGAAGGCAGUAUUUUCCUUGAUAUAAUAUUCUUGGCUGUCAUUCAUCGUAUUGGAGAGUGUAAAUAGGAUUUUGCACUGUUGAGAAUGGAAAUAAUCAUUCCCCUUCAUCAUCAUCGUUGUCGUGGCGAACUGGCGUCCAUCACAAUUACGUGGCUCUUCUUUAAUGGCCACCUUCCUGCCUAAAGUGCUCGUGAUGCCUCUGGGGGUUUGGUUUUUGUUUUUGAUGAUCUGUGCUGCGAGGAGUUGCUUUGAAUGUAGCGGAAGCCCUCCUAUGCAGCCGCUCACUCCCCCCUCCCCACGUCUUUUCAGACGAAAUGAAGGGAAGCAGCAGAGUUUAUUUUUGCAAAGCCUUGGCACAUGGAUAGCCAAGCAUCACCUGCACAGCAAAUGAAGAAAAUGCCCUCGGGAUGCACAGGGACAGUCGCCUGGCUUCUUAAUCUUGACCAGUGGGAUCGCCCCGGACGAAAGAACGAGGAUUUUGCUCCGAAGCACAGAACGGUCGAUGCUGUGAAAUAGCACUAAGAUCUUUAACGUCACAUUUAGCCUUCUUUUAAUAAUAAUCAUAAAUGAGGAUCUAACCACUGCAGUCUUUGGUUAGGGGAAGUUGUUUGCUCAGUUGGGGCUAUUUUGAGGGUUGGGGCUGCACCUCCAGGACUCUCAAACUGCUUUGCUUCAACAGCCCCUCCCUCCUUUUCAAAGUGGAGCUGUUGACCCCCAUGGUCUGAAGUUUGGGUGCCGUCUCCCCCGCCCCCCAUGCACGUCUCUCUCUAACCAGAUAGGAAGCUGCCUUAUACUGAGUCAGACCAACCAGUCCAUCUAGCUCAGUAUUGUCAACACUCCAGGGUUUCAGGCAGAGGUCUCUCUUAGCUCAACGUGGAGGUGCCGCAGAUUAAACCUGGGACCUUCUUCAUCCUAAGCAGAUGCUCAGCCACUGAGCUAUGGCCCUUCCCCGCAGUUUAGUGAAUGGCUGAAAUUGACCCGAUGAAGCUUUCAUAAUCGCUGCUCCUCCAUGCCUCGGAGAGCUGUGCUGGUUGAAUGUCUUUUUUGAGGGGGGCAUGCCACACUGUUGUUACAUAGACAAACGCUCUGCCAGAAAAGAAACAAGUAGUGGUGCCAGUGAUGAGGUCUUGCAAACUAGUUCCAUUUCAAUUGGUCAAUUGGGUGUGAGCCAGGGGUGGGGAACCUUUGGGACUCCGGAUGUUGUUGGACUACAGUGUCCAUCAUCUCUAACCAUUGGCCAUGCUGGUUGGAACAGAUGGAAGUUGGAAUCCAACAACAUCUGGAGGGCCACAGGUUCCCCAUCCCUGAUAUUAGGGCUGUGCGAGCUCGCUCCCCGCCCCGAUUCGCCGAUUCAGAUUGGACCCCAGUUCAGGUUGAUUGGGAGCCCAACUUGGGAAACUAAAAUGGCCAUAAUCUUUUUUUCACAUAGAUGUACAAAAUUUGGAGAUAAGGUAGACCUGCAAGAGGGGAUUAAUCAUGCCAGAUGUUAGCUAGGUAGAUCCAGAGCUGUUUGUGAUAGCCACCUUAAAGUUUUUUUCAAAAAAUAAAAAAAGAUUAAAAACAAGUAAAACGGCCAUAACUUUGUUGUUGUUUUCACAUAAGUGCAUGUAACCUGGGAGGCAUGGUAGCCAUUUAGAGAGGUUAGGUAGGUCCAGGGUUUGGGGUUUUUUUUGCUAGCCACCUUUAAAGUUUGCUUUUGUAAAAAAAUAAAAAAAUUUAAGACUGUGCAGUUGAAUACUUGAUCCUGCCAGUUCUGAUGUUCCCGAUUGGCCUGCUGCCUGAACAUUUAAAAAACAAAUCAACUGAAGGGUGAAACUCCCAUCUUGUGGGCAACCACUGAGAGCUAUUUGCUAAGGGCGGUAUAUAAAUGCAACCAAAUAAAUAAAAUAAAUAAAUAAACCAAGUCAAAGAAAGCCAGACACACACUACCCGGGCAGGCGUUAAGAGCAUUUCUUAAGUGCAGAGUUGAAUUACUAUAUUGAAAGAUGGCGAGGUGGGCAGGCAGAGCAGCAGCAGGCAACUGAGUCCUAGGAAGACAGUCUUGUCAGGCAAGCACAAUAGUCUCCUUAAUGAUGGGGACACCAUGCUUGUGUGAGGCAUGGAAGGUCUCCCGAUUUCAAAGUUCAAGUACUGUCCUGAAGGGCAACAGAGGUGGGCAGGCAGAAGCAGCAGCAUGAGACGGCCACGUGCAUGUAGUGGUCGGUUGGGGUAUCCCGGCAGGAGGAGGUUUACCUUUAGGAAGACUAACUGGUCUGCCAAUUUUACCAUCCAAGCUGGUGCGGUGGGUGUAACAGUGUCACCCACCAUAGGAAAAAAAACCUUGGGAUGCUGGUUGCUGGGCAAGCAAGUCUUUGCCACGACAACCCAGGCCAGGUCCUGCCAAAUCUGGCUGCAGGCUGACCAGGAGGCCAGUGGCAAUGUCUUCCAUGGACUCCACCAGGUCACAUGCCACUGCUGUGGCAGCGUAAUCCAGGUGGAGAGGUCAGCCCAGAUGUCUCCUGUUCUGCUGGGAGGAGGGGUGGGUCCCUCUCCCUCCUCCUCAGUUGGCCCAUUUCUUGGUCUGUGCCUGCCUUGCGAAGGUCCUGCCAUUUCCUCCUGGUAUUCUCCACACAAAGCUUGUCCUUCACCUGUGGAUGGUGGCCAACAUGUCUGCCCUGUCUUGGCAUAAUGGCUGUACCUGCAUGGUAAGGCCAUUCCUCAGUCUACCAGUAACUUCCCAGACUUCUGGCAGGAAGUGCCUGUCUGACUUGGGGAUCCCAGGCAUCCAGAAGCUCAUCAGUCUCCUGAGAUGCCUGACCAUUGGGCUCACCUGACCGAGGAGUGUAGUGCUGGUGCUGAGAGUCUUGUUGGCUUCCAGGCAUGGCUUGAGGACCUGGAUGGCUGGUUGUCCAAUGCCACCAUCCCACCAAUGUAUGUGGUGAUCUGGUCUGGCGUUGGAAACCAUCUCGUGCCCCAUCCCAUCUCCUCCAUUGUUGCUUGCCAAAGCCUCUGUAAUGUCUAUGAUGCCCUGCCAUUUUUGCCCUGUUCAUUGCCCGCCCGCAGUGAUGAUAAUAGCAAUGCUGGGAUCCACUCCCACCUCUUAGUGCAGGGCAACUGAGUCUGUGGCAGCUGUGCAAAAGGCAAUUCCAUGGUAGGGGUCAUUAGGAAACGUAUUGCAAAGAAAAGUGCCGAUAUCUUAAUGCAAUUAUACAAAUCUAUGGUGCGGCCACAUUUGGAAUACUGUGUACAGUUUUUGUCGCUUCACCUCUAAAAGGAUAUUGUAGAGCUUGAAAUGGUUCAAAAAGGGGCAACAUAAUGGUCAAGUUGGAUGGAGCGACUCGCCUGUGAGGAAAGGUUGCAGCAUUUGGGGCUUUUUAGUUUAAAGGCGAGUCAGAGGCGACAUGAUGGAAGUGUACAGAAUUAUGCAUGGCAUGGAGAAAGUGGCUAGAGAAAAGAUUUUGUCUCUCGUAACACUUGCAUGCCGGUAAGUUGGGAUCGGUUUCGGCUUCUCCCUUCUGAGGAUGUGGACAAGGUGCUCUCGACUGUGAAGCCUACCACUUGCCUAACUGACCCUUGCCCAUUGUGGCUCCUUGUGAGCUGCAGAGAGAAACUGGGCAUGGGGAUUAAAGCGGUGGUAAAUGCAUCCUUGCAAGAGGGUGUGAUGCCAUUAGCCUUCAAGGAGGCAAUUGUAAAGCCCAUCUUAAAGAAGCCCUCCUUGGAUCCCCAAGUUUUUAAUAACUUUCGCCCAAUUUCGAACCUACCAUUCUUGGGCAAGGUCAUUGAGCGAGUGGUGGCCAACCAGUUGACAACACACUUGGAUGAAACGGAUUACUUGGAUCCAUACCAAUCGGGUUUCAGGACUGGUCACAGAACUGAAACAGCCUUGGUCGCUCUGGUAGAUGAUAUGAGGAGGGCAUUAGAUAGGGGAGAAUUCACCUUUCUUGUCCUCCUCGAUCUCUCAGCGGCUUUUGAUACUGUCGACCACAGUAUCCUUUUACAUCGCCUGGAGGGAUUGGGAAUUGGAGGCACUGUAUUACGGUGGUUCCGUUCCUUUCUCUCCGAUAGGUAUCAACAGGUAGCAUUGGGGGAGGAGGUUUCAGACCCUUGGCCUCUCAAUUGUGGUGUGCCACAGGGUUCUAUCCUCUCUCCCAUGCUAUUUAAUAUUUAUAUGAAGCCGCUGGGGACAAUCAUUAGGAGAUUUGGGCUGCAGUGUCACCAAUAUGCAGAUGACACUCAGCUCUAUCUUUCGUUUAAAUCUUCACCCGAGUUGGCUGUGGAGACCUUGUCCAAGUGCCUGGAAUCCGUGAGUGGAUGGAUGGGAAGGAACAAGCUGAAGUUGAACCCCGAUAAGACCGAGGUGCUACUCAUGGGGGACAAGAGAAGGUUGGGAGAUGUUGACCUGAAGUUCAAUGGGGUGAGUUUACCCCUGAAGGACAGGUCCGCAGCCUUGGGGUUGUACUUGAUUCCAGGCUGUCCAUGGAGGCUCAGAUUUCGGCAGUGAGCCGGGCAGCCUGGUAUCAACUACACCUCAUACAAAGGCUGCAACCCUACCUUCCUGUUCAUCAGCUCCCACUGGUAGUACACGCCCUGGUCACCUCUCGAUUGGAUUACUAUAAUGCGCUCUAUGUGGGGUUACCCUUGAAAACGGUCUGGAAAUUACAACUUAUACAAAACGCGGCGGCUCAACUACUUACGAAUAGUCGCCGCCGGCAUCACAUCACACCAGUGUUGUUCGAUCUACACUGGCUUCCAAUUGCUUUCCGGGCCCAAUUCAAGGUGUUGGUAUUAACCUUUAAAUCCCUAUACGGUAUCGGCCCAGUUUAUCUAAAGGAGCGCCUUCAACGCCACCAAUUAUGCCGCCCGACAUGAUCAGCCACACAGGGCCUUUUCUCAAUCCCGCCUUAUGGAACUCCCUCCCACAAGAUCUACGGCACGCCUCUUCCCUAAAUGUAUUCCGUAAAGCCUUAAAGACCUGGCUCUUUCAACAGGCCUUUGGGAUUUCCGGGGAGGGUUAACUGUUAUGACUGAAAUGCCUCUAACCCUGUACUAGUAUUGUUCUCGCUGCAGUAUUGUUUUCACAUUGUAUUAUUGUAUUUUAUUGUAUUGUGUUUUAAUUGUUUACAUGUACGUCACCUAGAGUGGCCAAUGGCCAGAUAGGCGACACAUAAAUUAAAUUUUAUUAGUAUUAUUAUUAUUAUUAGAA